ACAGCAGCAAGCCAGAAGACAUAUUUUAGCAAAAAUAGAUAUGCCAAACUAAUCGAGUUGUUUUAUUCGGCUCUGAAAGCUUUAGCUAUGCAGACAGGGCGUAUACUUGUUGCUUUGGUUUUUCUAGGAUUUGUUGUUCCCUUCGAGGCUGCCAAGUGCAACGCAGCUCCAAAAUCUGUGCAGAAUGUACACGUUUGUUGUUCAGCACCGAUGCCAAAUUGGGGAGUUUACAAUAGCGAGUGCCAUAAAUCGGGACCUCAGGCCACUUGCCGCCUCGCUUGCAUCUUUAAUGUGAGCUCAGCUCUGCAGGGAACUCGAUUGAUUCAAGCCAAAGUUCGACCCAUGUUGCAACGGGCUUUUUCCAGUGAACCUGUCAUCGAUGUCUAUGAGUCGAAUUUUGCCAAGUGUUCCUCGCUAGUUAGAGCCAAGUACCAGGAGCUAACUCCAAUAAGCCGGCAAAGUGAUGCCUGCGAUAGACACGCCCUCUUCUAUAGCCUCUGUGCCUAUGCUCGCUUGAUUUUCACCUGUCCGGAUAAAAUGUGGCAGCGGAAUAAUAAGAUGUGCCAAGAGGCAAAGUCCUAUGCAAAAAACUGUCCGUGGCCAGCUUUGAAAAUGUUUAUGAAAGCCACAUAAAUAAAGCAUCUACAAAUAAAAGGAAUACCACUUUUCACA